AUGACAAUUAUUCGUACUUUUAUUGCACUAGCAUCUAUUCGUGAGUGGCCCAUAUGGCAGAUGGAUGUAAAAAAUGCAUUCCUUAAUUGUGAACUUCAAGUUUACAUGUAUCAACCACCUGGGUUUGUCUCUGAAGAUACGUCAUUCAAGUAUACACUUGAUCUUGUUUCCAAUGCCCACUUGAAUGAAGCGAAUGUUGUUGAUACACCCAUGGAAGUCAAUGUUAAACUUUAUGCACAAGCUGGAGAUCCUCUUCUUAAGCCUCCGAUGUAUCGCAAACUCGUCGGCUCUCUCAUCUAUUUUAUUGUGACUCGCCCAGAUAUUGCAUAUGAUGUCCAUGUUGUGAGUCAAUUUGUUUCAAAUCCUCGACGACUACAUUUAUCAGCAGUUAAUCGAAUUUUACGCUAUGUUCGAGGUACUUCCAUUCGUGGAUUAUUCUUUGACUCCACAUCCUCUUUAGAUCUCAGUGCAUAUGCAGAUGCCGAUUGGGCUAGUGAUCCAGAUACUUGCCGUUUUACUACAGGAUAUUGUGUGUUUCUUGGGUCAUCAUUAAUUUCAUGGAAGAGCAAGAAACAUGACAUUGUUUCCAAGUGA